AUGUCGCUCACCAAUGAGUCCAUUUGGGCCGCCAGCCCCUCCACCUCCAGGGGCCAGCCCACUCAGCUCUCGUCGGACGCCAAAGGCGAACGACUUGCCUAUGCGGCGAACAAAUCCAUCUUCUUAAGAUCCAUCGACGACCCUGCCGUCGCUAAGCAGUAUACCGAACACAAAGCGCAGACGACCGUGGCCCGCUUCUCGCCUUCCGGGUUCUACGUUGCUAGCGGCGAUGCUACGGGUCUGGUGCGGGUUUGGGACUGCGUCGGCGACGGAAUCACCAAGGGCGAAUACAGCAUCAUCAACGGCCGCAUCAACGACCUCGCGUGGGAUGGGGAUUCUCAGCGAAUCAUCGCCGUCGGCGAUGGGAAGCAGCGAUACGGCCACUGUAUUACGUGGGACAGUGGCAACACGGUCGGCGAGAUCUACGGCCACACGCAACAGAUCAACUCCGUCUCUAUCCGACAGCAACGACCUCUGCGAGCUGCAGCUGCCGGCGACGACAAGAACCUGGUCUUUUACCACGGCGCCCCGUUCAAGUUCAACACCGGCAUUCGAGAUAAGCACACCAACUACAUCUACGGAGUGGGUUUCAGCCCCGACGGCUCAACCCUGGUCAGCGUUGGCGCCGACCGGAAGAUCUGGCUCUACGACGGCAAGACGGGGGAGCCUAAGGGACAGAUUGGGGAUGGGGAGCACAAAGGUAGCAUCCUGGGGGUCUCGUGGUCCAAGGAUUCGCGGAAGUUCGUGACGGCGAGUGCCGACAAGACCGUCAAGAUCUGGGACGCCGAAGCGGGCAAGGUUUCUCAAAGCUGGAACAUCGGGGGCGAAGGAAGCACGAACGUCGACGACCAGCAGGUCGGCGUUGUCUGGCCCCCGAACCGCAGCGACAACCUGCUCAUCAGUUUAUCACUGAGCGGUGAUUUGAACUAUCUCGUGGAGGGGACCCCGGAGCCCCGACAGGUGGUUCAGGGCCACCAGAAGAACAUCACGUCAUUGACGUCCUUUACUUCCGGCAGCGAUAGUAACGAAACUCUAUGGACUGGCAGCUUUGAUGGUAGGGUCUGCAGCUGGGAUGUUCCGUCCGGAACUGCGGAGGAAGUGGACGGCGACAGUCACUCGACCUACAUCGCCGGCCUGGCACCAACUCGAGAGGGAGCCGGAAGGAUAUACAGCGUCGCAUGGGAUGACACCAUCCGAUCCGUCGACAUCGGUGCCAAAACAUACACCGGGAGCUCCUCCAAACUGGCGGGACAGCCCAAGGGCAUUGCCGCCGGAGAUGAAACGGUGUUGGUGGGGACGCCCGAGAGCGUGGAGAUUUACAAGGAUGGACAGAAAGUCGGGGAUUUCCAGCCUAGCUUCCCGGUCACCACGGUGGCUGCUCAUGGUAACACAGCCGCUGUUGGCGGGGAGAACUCGUCCGUUCAAAUCUGUGCCCUCUCCGGCUCGAGUCUCGCCCCCAAGGCUGACAUCAAGGCCUCCCGGAACCCAGUCUCUGCCCUGGCCUUCUCUCCGGAUGGUUCGUUGUUGGCGGUUGGCGAUUCUCGGGGUCGUGUGCUCGUGUAUAAGGUUGCUGAUGGCAGCCUGGUUACUGAUCGCUGGACAGCCCACACGGCUCGCAUCACCUCGAUCGCUUGGAAGGAGGACGGUACCCACGUCGUGAGCGGAUCGUUGGAUACCAACAUCUUUGUGUGGAGCUUGGCCAACCCGGGAGACUGGCUGCAGGUCUCCAAUGCACACAAGGAAGGAGUCAACGGUGUAGCAUGGAUCGCAGGAGGAUCCAAGAUCGCCUCUGCCGGAGCUGACGCUUCCGUCAAGGUGUGGAAGGUGGAAGGGCUUGAAUAG